CCCAGAGUGGGACAGGAACUGAAGGAAAAUAAAUUCUUCUGUUUUUCAUUCUGAGAGGAGAAUAACGUGCCAUGGCAUCAAAAAUGGCAUUUUCCAUCGUUUGGAUGUUGAUGCUAUUCUGGCAUUGUCCAAUCCUUACCUACCGGCCAACUGAACAUGGGGUGGAAGAUCCAAAGAUCAGAAGGGACCACACGGAGCAGGACUACCAUCGUGAUGCCAGGAGCAGAGAGUGUCGCCGUUGCUGCGACCCGCAAGAGUCUGCCAGCCAGCAAUACCCUCAGUACCAGAUUGCACCUCAGAUUAACAUGACCAUAUUGAAAGGUGAGAAAGGUGAGGUUGGCGGAAGGGGGGCUUACGGUAAACCCGGCAGAACAGGUCAGACGGGCCCACCGGGUUCUACUGGGAUAAAAGGAAGCAAAGGUAGCAUGGGGAUUCCUGGGGAGCCCUGCAAGAGCUACUUUGCCGCUUUUUCAGUGGGCCGCAAGAAGGGUCUGCACUCUAACGACUAUUACCAGACACUGACAUUUGACACCGAGAUCGUAAAUCUUUACGGACACUUCAACAUGUUUUCGGGUAAGUUUUACUGCUAUGUGCCGGGGAUUUACUACUUCAGUCUGAAUGUGCACACGUGGAAUCGGAAGGAGACUUACCUUCACGUGAUGCACAAUGAGAAGGAAGUCGUGGUCCUUUACGCGCAAGUCAGUGAUCGCUCCAUCAUGCAAAGCCAAAGUCUGAUGUUGGAACUUGAGAGAGGUGAUCAGGUCUGGGUCAGACUUUAUAAAGGAGAACGUGAGAACGCCAUAUUCAGUGACGAAUUUGACGUUUAUAUCACAUUCAACGGACAUCUGAUUAAACACAAAGAUGAGCUGUAGAUAGCAAAGCGGCAAGAUUUGAAUGUUUUUUUUUACUGGUACUCAUGGUGGUGAAAUAUUAUGAGCAGAACCGGUUCGGUUUCUCAUCAUGUUUCUCAUCACUCUAGAAUGUUUAGACAGUGGUGGUACCGAAGUAUACGGGUCUUUUUUAAAUUUCAUUUUAACAUUUUGUUGAAUGACAAAGAUGACAGUGCUUGGUUUUGAGACUCCAGGACCAUAAUAACAGUAAUGAGAAUAAAUAAUGACCAGUAAGUGCCCUUAUCUGCUCAAACUAUACAAACUAUAUAUUAAAGUAAGGGGCAUAACUUUGCAUUUGUUGUUCAUUCAUUCAUCUUCCGAGCCGCUCGAUCCUCACUAGGGUCGCAGGGGGUGCUGGAGCCUAUCCCAGCUGUCUUUGGGCAGCAGGCGGGGGACACCCUGAAUUGGUUGCCAGCCAAUCACAGGGCACACAGAGACGAACAACCAUUUGCACUCACACUCACACCUAGGGACAAUUUUAGAGUGUUCAAUCAGCCUGCUAUGCAUGUUUUUGGAAUGUGGGAGGAAACCGGAGCACCCGGAGAAAACCCACGCAGGCCCGGGGAGAACAUGCAAACUCCACACAGGGAGGCCGGAGCUGGAAUCGAACCCGGUACCUCUGCACUGUGAAGCCCACGUGCUAACCACUGGACUACCGGGCCGCCCUCAUUUGUUGUUCACAAUGAAAAAAUAUUGUUGAAUAACACGAUGUAUCAAAUGUUUCACGGUAUCAUUAACAACUACUGUAGUAUUAUUCUAAACUCUGUGUCAAUGGAAAGACUCCGCACUUCAUUUAUUUUGAGAAAAGCUGACAAUAAAUGUGAAAAGUCUACCAACAACAUCAUAAA